CUGUGUGGAUAUAUUGAGUUCCUAGCUUGUGAAAAUGAAGCCCCUCCUGGCUAAAGCUCUCUAUGACAACACCGCUGACUGCGCUGAUGAACUGGCCUUCCGAAGAGGGGACAUCCUAAUGGUGAUCGAUCAGAAUGUGGCAGAUGGCAGCGGAUGGUGGAAAUGCUCCUUGCAUGGACGUCAGGGCCUGGCCCCGGCAAAUCGCCUUUCCCUCCUCAAGCCAUCUCAAACCGAGAGGGCGGAAAACUCCCAAAAUAUUUAUCAAAUUCCCAAAGUACCCAGGCCUACAGACAUGACCAAUGAAAAUAUGGACAGAAUAUAUGAGAUACCCUCUGUACCCCGUCGAGUCUCAGAGAGCCCUCAGAGAGCACAAAAACACACAACAGACGCAGCAGAGGCCAACAAAUCAUAUUCCAGUCCCACGUGUGAAGCUCCAAAUACAAGGAGACGAAUCUCCCUGAACACAGAAGCAAUGCCACGGAAUUUUGUAAGAAAGACAUCUUUGAUGGUACCUUCAGAGAUUCAGAAAUAUCAGACCUAUGCCAUACCACCACUGCAUUCUCAGGAUCCCAAUUAUGACAUCCCUGUACCCUCCACUAGUGAGGCUGUGGGGAGACCACCACAUGGCUACAGCACUCUACCCAACCCACGCAAGCCUGAGUGGAUUUAUGAUGUUCCUGUGUCACCAGAAAAGUCAGGUGGAGAGCAAGCCAAAGCCCCAACCUCUGGGAAGCAGCUCUAUGAUACCCUGCCAGCACGCGCUUGGCCUGCGAAGGAUCACAAUUUAGGACAUUCCCUGUACGAUAUCCCUAAACCAAGCCUUUCACAACAGCAACACAUGAACAGCUCCCCGGUCAAAGAAGCAUCCACAACCUGCAUCUAUGACACACCACCGUGUCUCAAGGCACGGGAGGUGUCUUUGAAUGCUGGAGGAGCUCCCGACCAUCCUGGCUCACAUGAUUCCCAUAAGGGCCAUGUACCUCUGGAGUGCCGGGCGGACAAUGGCCUGAAAUACGACCACCCUCGCCGGCAGCUGAGGAGCAGGGUGGAUCCGAUGCGUAGUUACUUCUCCAACCAGGAAAAAAAGAGAGAUGAUGAUGAGGAGGACAAGACCAGUGCAUUACAGCCUGCUGCUGACAGUCAAAGGAGCUCAACAGCUUCCACCUCCUCCACGCUCUCUAGUUCCUCCAGGAGCUCUUGUGACUCCCUUGUAUUGAGCACCUCAUCUCCAGAACUGCUGCGUGAGGUUACCCUCACUCAGGAGGAGGCUGGCCGUAAGUUGCUGGAACUGCAGAACAGUGUAUGCCAAGUUGUGCCUCAGCUCAUGGAAUUUGUCAGCAGUAACUGGAGGAGCCGGGAGCAUCUGGGUCAGCACCUCCAGGACAUACGCACAGCAACCGAAAAAGUUGCAGACUCAGUGACAUGCUUCCUAAAUUUUGCAUUGGAUGUUAGGGGCAACGCUCGAAGGCUGACGGACUCCAACCUGCAGGCCAGGCUCAAGAAGCAGCUGUGUAUAGUGGAGGACUCGGGGCUCAUUCUGCAGCAGGCUGUGGAUGCACUGGGUGAGUCGGGCUGGCCACUGGACGCUCUGGUCCAGGACUACGAUCAGGCACAGAGCCCUAACCAGUUGGAGCGCUUUGUGACGGUGGCCCGCACUGUGCCUGAGGAUGUAAAACGUCUUGUAUCCAUCAUUAAUGCCAAUGGCAAGCUCCUGUUCAGAGGUCCUCAGAAGGAGCCAGGGCUGGUGAACAGUUCCAGUCCGUCAGAUAUGAAGCAAAGUCUUAACAAAAAUGAACAGAUGGCAGACUCAGGGGGAGAUGAAAAUGAUUAUGUAGAGCUCCAGACAAAAACAGAGUUUGAACAGCAACAAAGGAUGGUAAAUGAUAGUUUGAAACUGAAAAUGAAAGAGGAUACUUUAAAGAGACAGGUUUCUCAAGGAGAGCAGAUGAGCCGCCCCUGUAUGCCCAAGGACAGCAGUAAAGGCCCCCCCUCUGACCACUGCCGGCUGUACUUUGGGGCCCUUCAAAAGGCAAUCAGUGUGUUUGUGAGGAGCCUCAUAGAUGGGCAACCUCCUGAGAAAUUCAUUGCCCACAGCAAGCUGGUAAUCAUGGUGGGUCAAAGGCUGGUGAACACGCUGUGUCAUGAAGCCCAGAGUGGAGAGGCCAGUAAGGAACUACUGUUUAAGAGCAACCAUCUGUGUGCCUUGCUCAAGCAGAUGGCUGUGGCCACCAAGAAGGCCGCGCUGCACUUCCCCGAUAAACUGGCCCUACAGGAGGCCCAAGACUUAGCCAAAGAGCUGGCCCAACGAGCGCAGCACUUUCGGCUAACGCUGGACAUCUGA